AUGGCAACCCUGAAUGAGCCAUCAGGAGUCCUUACCAGUCCUUAUUAUCCACGGCGUUAUCGGCCUUCUAAUGAGAAAUGCAGCUGGAAAAUUCCAGCAAGUAAAGGAGAACGCAUUGUGUUGGUCAUUAAAGACGUAUAUAUUAAGGACUGUGGUUCAUCUUGCACGUGUAACUACCUGGAAAUACAAAAUGGCUCAUCCUCUGAUGGCAUUUCAGACAGGCGAAGAUGUGGAAAAUAUAAAGACCGUGGGAUAGUAUACCAUUCGGUAAAAGAUGUCCUGAGGGUGACGUUUGUUUCUGAUAGUGGUACUUACCCGCACUACCGUGGAUUUAAGGCAACUUACAUUAAAGUGAAAUAUAAUGCAACAACCACCGGUAAGUUAUUAGAAAUCGGCUUUAAACGCAUUAACACAUGUGCUGAACACCUUCACAAUUUAAGAUGAAGGUGCAAUUGAGGGCGACCAGGUUGUCAAGUUUCAAGGAAGGAAUAUAAAAUAUCAUUGCCUUAUAUCAGGUCAUGGCAACCGUUGCAUUCAAAUACUUUACAGAGUAACACAACACAAACUAAAAUGUCCAUGAAAUGCCAACAAUUUUCUUUGCUAUGAUGUUUAUAAAAGUGUUUGGUAGCAAAAUCUCUUAUUUUUUUAAUGUUUAUCUAAAGCAAUGCUUUCAAUUGAUUUUGUUUGUUUGUUGUUUUUUGGUUUUGGUUUUGGUUAACAGCCAGAUUACUCUUUAAUUUUGUACUAUAAAGCUAAAUCACAGUUUGUUUCCUCUUGUUGCAGCUUGUACCUCCAGCGAAUAUCUUAAUGGAUUUAGUGGAUUCUUUUCAACUCCAAAUUUCCCACGUAACGUCCCUCAAUACAGCAGAUGUACCUGGAAUAUCACAGUUCCCAUCGGGUACAUCAUUAAACACAGCUUCCUCUACUUUGAAUUGGAGCCACAUCAGCGCAUUCCCUGCUAUUUUAAUGGUCCAGGAGCCCGUGUUACAGUCACAAAUGUUGCUUCAGAUGAUGGGUAUCAACCUUUCAUGCUGUGCGGUCAGUCUCUUCCUCAUCCAGUGUACUCGGUGGGGAAUUCCGUUCAAGUCAUAUUCACGUCUCUAAGCAAUCAGUAUUCAGGGUUUAAUGCAACUUACACGGCUAUAACGUAUAUUUCAAGUACGUGGUAUACAUUUUUUAUAAGAUAUCAAUGA